GGGCAGUAAUGUCAUUUAGUUGUUCCAAUCCAGACACGUUCGCUCGCACACAUUCUUUUCCAGACAGUCAUCAUCGUUUCUUUUUCCUGUUUGAUUUUCUUUUCACUCAUCCCAAAAAUUUCAACAAUCGUAGAAAUCAUCCAUUCUAAUUUAGAAAAAAAUAUUGUGCAUUGGAAACUGUUUCGAUUUUAAUUGAAGGAUUCAAGUGACAUUGUGAGUAGAGGAGGAUGGCUUGUAGGGGUUGCUGGGAAUGUCUAUUGAAGCUUUUGAACUUCAUUCUGACCAUUACGGGUCUGGCAAUGGUGGGAUAUGGGAUUUAUCUGCUGGUUGAAUUCAGUAGAGCUUCGGAUAAUUCUAUGAUGCUUUCUGCUCCCAGUGAUGAUCAAACUCUAGUUCAACUUGGCCGACCUAUGCUUAUGGCUUUGCCUCUUUCUGAUAACAUUUUUGAUAAUUUGCCUAAGGCUUGGUUUAUUUACUUAUUCAUUGGAGUUGGGGCAGUUCUCUUUGUCAUUUCUUGUUUUGGUUGUAUUGCAUCUAUGACACGGAAUGGUUGCUGCCUGAGCUGUUAUUCAAUUUUGGUGGUCUUGUUGAUCUUAGUAGAGCUUGGAUGUGCAGCCUUUAUAUUUUUUGACAAAAGCUGGAAAGAGGAGAUUCCAAGGGACAAAACUGGAGAUUUUGAUAUGGUAUAUAACUUUCUGAGAGAGAACUGGACUAUUGUGAAAUGGGUUGCUCUUGGGAUUGUUAUCUUUGAGGCACUUCUUUUCAUCUUAGCCCUUAUUGUCCGGGCUGCAAAUAGGCCAGUAGAUUACGAUAGUGAUGAAGAGUUCAUUAACCCAAGGCAGCAAGCCCGUCAGCCUUUGCUCAAUAGACCAGCAGGACCUGCACCAGGUGUACCAGUUACAGGCACAACUGAUCCACGUUCCAACAGAAAUGAUGCAUGGAGUACAAGGAUGAGGGAGAAGUAUGGGCUGGAUACAUCGGAAUUCACAUACAAUCCAUCCGAGUCACAGAGGUUCCAGCAAGUAAACUCACAACCAGCUGAAGAGAGGAGCCGUUGUACCAUAAUGUGAGCACUCCAUAGCCACAGCUGGCUGAAUUUCAAAGAUUGUUGUUGUGGGCAAUGAAUUUGAGGCUAGAAGUUUUUCAAAAAAAUGUAUUUUGCUUAACUUGUCUAUCAUUCACACUACUGUGGAUCUCCAUCACUUUUUUUCCAUGACAUGAAAACACAUCUUCAUUUUGUUGUGUGUAACAUUCUGUUGAGUUGAGAAAACAUCACCAUAGUUUAGGGAGUAAAUGAAGAUGUUAAACGCAGUGUUGUCAGUAAUUUGGGGUCGAAAUCGGUGCUUUAUGUUGCCCUAAAUUUGAGUUGAAUGUAUCUAUGUAAAGCUACUACCUCACAAUUUAAAAUACAUAACCUUCAUUCUGGUGUUUA